AGCUCAGUUUUUUCAACUCUCUCUCUCUCUCUCUUUCCUUCCUUCUCUUCCUUUGAGGGUUUGUAAUAAGACACACUCCUCUUUCCAAGGGUUUGCACAAGCAAACAGAAAAGAGCUGUUUAACUUGGAAGAACAAUGCUCUAGGCUUUUUGGUUCUGCAAAGAGAUAUUCCAAACUACCUGUCUCAAAGUAGCACUCUCUCUUUCUUCAUAGGCCCUAAAAUGAUAGUAAUUUCUGCCAUUGGUGGUGCCCUCUUAAUUUCCUUUUUCUGUGAGAUGAGUGCCAUAGAAUUACCCAAUUCCACUGACAUGUUCCCAUCAGCCAAUAAUUACACCAGUGCUAAAGCAGCUUUGAACACUCAGCUGGAUUCAACAAGCCUCCCCAAAGCCAGAAGGAAACGAUACAUUUCGCAGAAUGACAUGAUUGCCAUUCUGGAUUAUCACAAUCAAGUACGAGGCAAAGUCUUCCCACCUGCAUCUAACAUGGAAUAUAUUGUGUGGGAUGAAAAUUUAGCCAAAUCUGCUGAAGCAUGGGCUGCUACCUGCAUUUGGGACCAUGGCCCUUCAUACUUAUUGAGAUUUCUGGGACAAAAUCUGUCUGUACGCACUGGAAGAUAUCGAUCCAUUCUCCAGCUGGUAAAGCCAUGGUAUGAUGAAGUAAAAGAUUAUGCCUUUCCAUAUCCUCAGGAUUGUAAUCCGAGGUGUCCACUGAGAUGCUAUGGGCCUAUGUGCACACAUUAUACCCAGAUGGUUUGGGCUACUUCCAAUCGAAUUGGCUGUGCAAUUCACACAUGCCAAAACAUGAAUGUCUGGGGCUCAGUUUGGCGACGAGCUGUUUACUUGGUAUGCAACUAUGCACCAAAGGGGAAUUGGAUCGGAGAAGCACCAUAUAAAGUAGGAGUGCCGUGUUCUGCUUGUCCCCCUAGUUAUGGAGGAUCUUGCACUAACAAUCUUUGCUUUCCAGGGGUGACAUCAAACUAUUUAUAUUGGUUUAAGUAAAAUUGUGCACCAUUCUAACACCUGUUCAAG